AUGCCACUCGCUCCCUGCCCAGACACCCGGCACGGCACCAGGAGCUCGGACAUCGAGGUGCUGCCCCUCUCCUUGAUGCCAGCCACGCUCCUCAUCCUCCUCGUCCUCCUCAGCCCCACCGGCACCACCUCUGAGCCUGAGAUAUUGCCAUUCCCAGAGAUCCGUCUCGCCAACGGGCCCAGCCGCUGCCAGGGGCGGGUGGAGAUCCUCUACAACGGCUCCUGGGGGACGGUGUGCGACGACGACUGGGACAUCGUGGAUGCCACCGUGGUGUGUCGCCAGCUGGGCUGUGGCCAUGCCAUCACCCUGCCGGCUGCCAUGACCUUUGGCCAGGGGAGUGGGCCCAUCUUCCUGGACAAUGUGGACUGCAAGGGCUGGGAGGCAGCCCUGAGCGAGUGCUGGAGCCACGGCUGGGGCAUCCACAACUGCUACCACUACGAGGACGUGGCUGUUGUGUGCAAUGGUAACCAGGUUGUGUUCCUUGGGGGCAAGGAGAGCAAGGGGUUCCUGUGGAGUGCAAGACUUGAGGGCUGCAGGGGCCUUGGUGGAGCCCAAGGGUCUCAUCUCAGAGCCUGUUCCUCUGACCUGGGUCAGCCAGAAAUCCUCAGCAGCCUCCUUUCACCCCUCUCCUCAAUCCAGGUCACCUCCCAGCUCCACAGGAGGGUGCUCCAUAAGGUGACCAGCCUGUUUUGUGCUCCUUGUCACUCCCAGCUCAGGGACUUUGUGCUCUCUCCAGUAUGAUCCCUGGGGAAAG